UCAUAUGCAUUCUGAUGACGUCAGUCACAUGACCACGUGGAAGUGAAUAUGGUUUAUGAAUCCUGUCAGAGGCCGAAACCAGCAUCUUUUACUCACUGGACACCUUUUACGUUGAGUUCACACUCAGUGAGAUUAACUGUCGCGGUUCGCAAACAUGUCGUGGGUGAAAUCAGUGGCGUCUAGUGAGGAUGUUUUUGACGAGGAUGUAGAUGAUAUAAGUCUGCAGAACAAAGAAUGGAAAUACAACAUGGAAAAACGCGCAAAGGAUGGUUUCAGAGAUGGCAUUCAUGCAGGGAAAGAAGCGUCACUACAGGCUGGUUUCAACAUGGGAUACAUAGAAGGAGCCACUAAAAUGACAGUCAUCGGUCAGCUCAAAGGAAUCAUGAGUGCCGUGCAAUGCUGGUGUCAGGCUCAGCUGCCCGGAAGCCCAGCUUUAGCGUCUGUUACCGAUCUGCUCCAGAGAUUGGAGGCGCAUGAGGACGGGCUGGUGGAGGCCAUGAGAAAAGCCCAACAGAAGCCUCUACCUAGUGUGACCGAAAUGGUGGAUGACUUGGAGGACCUAAAUGUGGAGCAAAGGAACCAGGGUGGAGAAUCUAGAUGCUCAAAAAAUGGGGACUGUUGUGGGAGAGAUGGAACGAACAAUGAUUGCUGUGGUAAUGCCAGAGGCGUGAGUGAAGAUUCAACAAGGAUUCUUUCCCAUGGUUCUUUCCCCACAACGCAGAGUUUCAAACAGUUGCUGCAGUGCUGCUUGGACCUAGUAACAGAACUGGGGCUUCCUGAAGAACUAAAACUUCACAUUCAGCAGCUCAUAGACACUUGAAGUGGAUCCAGGGUUGUUUGUGGUGAACACUGCAGCAGACCGUCUGAAUAACAUCCUGUGUGGGCAGGAAACAACAAGCAAAUUCUUGGAAAUAAAAUAGCCUGUGUAUUAGUUGACUCAAAUUGAUAGUGUACUUCAGGGAGUUGUUUUUAUUUAAGUGAUGUGAUUCUGUUGAACUGCAUUUUUGCUGGAUUAGUAGCACAACAACACUACAUUUAUUACCGUUGGCUUCUAUUAAUGAUUUAACAUAAAGUGCACCUGUGCCAGUUAUUGAAUCCAAAUACACCCGUUUCUUUUAAAACAAAGAUUCAGUCUUUGCUUUGUACCUCCAUCCAUUUAUUUGUGUUAUCAAACUUUAUUUCAAUGCAUAAUAUGGCUAACACAUUUUAUAAUUGAAUAUAUUAACUUUGUAUGUUGAAAUGUGUGAUUCUGAUUACCACUGUAAAUUCUGAGCUGUAACCUAAUUGAGUUGCACAUUUACCACCAAAUAAAAGCUAUUUAUUUAA